UUAUGGUUUGUUUUUUAUGCUGAAUUCUCACGAGAAUACGACCAUUAGCCCACGUUUUAUAAUUUUUUGACUUUUACACAAAAUACUUUUGACCACGUUUUUCUGUUUUUAUUUCGUACAAAUAAACACAAUGGUACAAAAAUGUUGCAUUUGCAAAUCUCAAAGAUCCAAUGAGAACGAUAUUACAUUACACAAAUUUCCAAAAGACACUAUAAUUUGUGACAAAUGGGUUGUGAACCUUAAUAUGAACUAUACCUUCACACCAACUGUACAUACAAGAAUUUGUAGUAAUCAUUUUGAUGAUAAUGAUUACCAACUAAGGCGUCUGAAACCAGAUGCUAUACCAACAAAAAUGAUGGGCGUCCGUCGUUCGUUAUUUUCAGAUUUCCAAAGUUCUCCAAGUGAAUACAUAUGUAAUCCUUCUACCUCAAAUGAGCAUCUAUCAGAUAUAUCAAAUGAUAUAUUUGAUAGUACUACUUUUGUUGAGAAAACGAUUAUAAAUGUAGACAAAACUGAAACUCAUACCAAUAAACGUAAGUACUUUUGUUAUAUUGGAGAUUUCUCGGAAGAAGACUUGGAAACCCCAAGAAGAAGAAAACUUUCUUGGAGCACACAUAUCAAAAUGUUAGAUGAGAAAAAUCAGAAAAUAAAACUUCUUGAACAAAAAAAUCGAAGAUUGGAGUCAAAAAUCAGUAGUUUGAAUACAUUAGUUGAUAAACUGAAAAAAGAUUGUCAAUUAAAUGCUAGUUAUACUCAUAUUUUAAAGAAAAUGCAUUCUAGUACUACUCAGUGUUUGGAAGGAACGAGUUCCAUAACGGGUGGAUUCCUUUUUAAGGAAUUGCACGUUGAACAUAUUCCUUUUGAUAGAAAAAGAACAAGGAAAUGAACAAAUUCUUUUUUUCAAAGAAAAAAAAAAGAAAUUUUCAUUUCUUUCAAGUUUCAAUUUAGACAAAUAUUUAAAUAAUUGAAAUUAAAAUAUAUUUUUUCUUAGUUUGUGUAUUGCCAAUAUUUGUUAUUGUUUGGUUAUUGAUUAGCAACAUUAAUUGUUAUAAA